AUGCUCCUUUUCAUUGUCCUCCUCCUUCUCCUGCAGCUUCCUGUCCUGUUGUGUAUCUUUGAUAACGAAGCCUGCCUUCGCAAAAGAGGCACCAGCGUGCACAAGCAUGGAGAUAUGGUGAUCGGGGGUACUUUCUCUCUUUACAUAUCUCUAUAUUUCACUGGUAUUGUUAACCUGGAGCCCAGGAAAGACUUCUUUAACAUUCAGCUUAUGCUGGACAACUACCAGAAUUUUCUAGCCUUCAUUUUUGCCAUUGAAGAGAUCAACAGACAUCCUCAUCUUUUACCCAACAUAUCUCUGGGAUACGAGUUCCAUAAUUUCCUUUAUAGCCACUGGAUGAUAAUGAAAAGUCCUCUCGUUUUACUCACUGGACAGGAUGGAAUUCCCAAUUACAGCUGUGGAACACAGAGGAAACCUGUAGCAAUGCUAACAGGAACGGUAUGGGCAGCUGCUGCUCAAAUUGAACCACUGAUGGAGCUUUACAAAUUUCCCCAGGUUAGCUUUGGUUCUUUUGAUCCUACACUGACAAAAAAGGGCAAGUUCCCUUCUGUCUAUCAGGUAGCCCCAAAAGAAACUUCUCUGGCCCCUGGCAUGGUCUCCUUGAUGGUUCAUUUCAGCUGGACCUGGGUGGGCCUGGUCAUUACAGAAGGUCAGAAAGGUCUCAAAUUUCUACUGGAUAUGAGAAGAGAGAUGGACAGGAGUGGAGUCUGUGUGGCAUUUGUGAAAAUGAUCUCAACGCCUCUUGUGUCCUAUGUCAUCAGGCUUCCACAAUAUGACAUCCUGACCAAGCAUAUAUCAUCUCUAAAUGUGGUUGUAAUUUACUAUGAUACUGAUGGUCUAAAUAAUGUGAACUAUCACAUAGGACAAUACAAAAUGAUGUGGAAAGUUUGGGUUACAAACUCACAAUGGCAUGCUGACAUGGCUGGGAAAAAUUUUAUACUGGAUACAUUCCAUGGGACUCUCAUUUUUUCAAACUAUCAUGAGGAAAUUUCUGAUUUCAAAAGUUUUGUCCAGGAAGCAAAUCCUUUCAAAUACCCAGAAGACACCUAUCUUGUUAUGUAUUGGUUCCAGAAUUUCCAUUGCUCCUUCUCUGGUUCUGAUUGUGAACUGCAGGACUGUAUUCCCAAUGCUACUUUGGUUCAGCUGCCCAUGAAUCGUUUUGACACAGCCAUGAGUGAUCAGAGUUACAAUGUAUACAAUGCUGUGUAUGCUGUGGCCCAUGCCCUCCAUGAGAUGCUUCUCCACCAGGUGGAAAUAUACCCAAUGGGAAAUAGGGAAAGGAGGAUUUCUCCCUGGCAGCUGCACCCAUUUCUGAAGAACAUAAAAUUUGAAAAUCCCGCUGGAGAGAAAGUGAAUUUAGAUGAAGAAACAAAAUUGGAUUCAGAUUAUGAUAUUCUCAACUUUUGGAAUUUUCCAGAAGGCAUUAGACUGAAGAUCAAAUUAGGAACAUUUUCUCCACAUGUUCCUCCUAACCAGCAAUUAUCUAUAUCUGAGGAUAUGAUAGAGUGGGGUUAUGGUCUUACCGAGACUCCCCAGUCUGUAUGCAGUGAGAGUUGUAAUCCUGGAUUCAGAAAAAGCCCUCUGGAGGGAAAGCCUGCCUGUUGCUUUGACUGCACCCCUUGUACAAAAAAUGAGAUCACCAAUGACACUGAUAUGGAGCAUUGUGUGAAGUGUCCAGAUUAUCAGUAUGCCAGCAUUGAGAGAAUGCACUGCCUCCAAAAAUCUGUGGUUUUUCUGGCGUUUGAAGACCCUUUGGGGAAGAUGCUGACCAUCACAGCCCUGAUUCUCACUAUCCUCACAACUGCGGUUCUUGGGCUCUUUGUGAAGCACCGAGACACUCCCAUUGUCAAGGCCAACAACAGGGCUCUCAGUUACACCCUGCUCAUCUCCCUCACCUGCUGUUUCCUCUGCUCCUUGCUCUUCAUUGGCCGGCCCAACACAGCCACCUGCGUCCUGCAGCAGACCACGUUUGGACUUGUGUUCACUGUGGCUGUUUCCACUGUCUUGGCCAAAACUAUUACUGUGGUGCUGGCCUUUAAGGUCACUGCUCCAGGAAGGAGGAUGAGACAGUUGCUGAUGUCAGGGGCUCCAAACUCCAUCAUCCCCAUGUGCUCCCUGAUGCAACUCACUCUCUGUGGCAUCUGGAUGGGGACAAAUCCACCCUACAUUGACACAGAUACACACUCUGAACAUGGCCACAUCAUCAUCAUGUGCAACAAGGGCUCCCUCACUGCCUUCUACUGUGUCCUGGGAUACCUGGGCUCCCUGGCCCUGGUGAGCUUCACCCUAGCUUUCCUGGCCAGAAACCUGCCUGACACAUUCAAUGAAGCCAAGUUCCUGACGUUCAGCAUGCUGGUGUUCUGCAGCGUGUGGGUCACCUUCCUGCCCGUGUACCACAGCAGCAAGGGGAAGGCCAUGGUGGCCAUGGAGGUCUUCUCCAUCUUGGCCUCCAGUGCAGGGCUGCUGGGCUGCAUCUUUGGCCCUAAGUGUUACAUCAUUUUGUUAAGGUCAGAUAAGAACUCCCUACAUGUAUUCAGAAAUAGAAAUAAUUUUUGUGAUGGGUUUAUUUUAUUUUACUCUGAUGCAAAACUAAAGAUUCCACUAUAUAGCACAGAUACCAAUAUGUUAAAACAUCAUGAAAAACUGGUGUGGAACAUGCAGGACACAAUGUACGAACCAGGGCAUCAGGUCAUUUCCUUUAACGUGACACUACAUGGUCACCGAGGAACACACUUGAAUUACACUGAAGAAUUCCAAUGA